UUCAAUUACCGUAAAUAACAUUAAGUUAAAAGUUGGUUUUAACAAACAAUGUUCGUUAAACAUACAAACUGUUCUCACUUUGAUUAUACAACACUAGAAAAUGACAUCUCAAUGGCUUUACCUUUCGACAAUGGCUUCCCCACCUGUAAAUUGAAAUGGGUAACGCAAUGAAGAAGUUACCAAAGUAAAUUGACCACACUGCCCCCAACUGAAACCCAACUAACACUGGCACAUGGUGGCAGAUAUGUCAUUUCACCAAAGGAUAAAGGGCCACAACCAUCUGGUAAACAUUCUUCCUUUGCUUUUAAGCCAAGAGAAGCUGAUGGUUACGUGCCUGGUCUGCAAAGUUACAGGAUUUAUUCCCACUUCAAUCUUCAGCAAACAGAGAAACAUUACUCUUCUUGUGAAAUUUUAUUGUCCCAAGUCUUUGUGUAUUAUAUCUUUUCUUUCCUUUUGAUAGAAACUCUCCCUUUUUAGGUACUCCUUUUCUCUCUCAGCACAAGCACGGUUGUUCUUUGCUUUUCUUAUCUGGACUUGCCCCAUCUAUUUUUUAUGCUUGGAUGAGGUGAAAUUUAUGGUUUCAUAGUCAAAAGCGACGAGGUUUCGGAAUGGCGUCUCUUACACCAGGAGUAUUACUUAAACUUCUGCAGAGUAUGAACUCCAAUGUGAAGGUCAGGGGAGAGUAUAGAUCAGUCUUGUUACAAGUGAUCAGCAUUGUACCUGCCUUGAAUGGCUCAGAACUGUGGCCUAACCAGGGCUUCUUCGUAAAAGUUUCGGAUUCUUCACAUUCAACCUAUGUCUCAUUGUCCAAGCAGGAUAAUGAGUUGAUCUUGAAUAACAAGUUACAGCUUGGCCAAUUCUUCUAUGUUGAUCGAAUGGAAGCUGGGACUCCAGUACCGGUUCUUGUCGGGAUCAGACCGGUUCCUGGACGACAACCUUUCGUUGGAACUCCAAAGGAUCUUAUGCAAAUGCUAGAGCCGUCAGAGAGUCCAGUGCAGGCUGAUCAGGAAGGAAAAACUGGAGCUAAAUCAAAAGAGAUGUCAGAAACAAAAAAUGAGACCAUGAGACAUAAAAUCAUUAUCAAGGAAGAAAAGGCAAAUGUUUCCUCAAGGUAUAUGCAGGGCAUUUUGUCGUUGAAUUCUAGAAGCGGUCGAUUUGAUUCAAAUGCAGGUGUAAGGAGCAACGAAAACGAGGACGGUGAAGCAGGUAAGAAGGUUGCAGUAGGACCAGUAAAAGGAAAGCCAAACGACCUUAAAGGUCAGGUGCAAGCAACGACUCCGCACAACCGGCUCGAUGAGGUUUCUUUGAAACCAGAGACCCUUCAGUUCAGCAUCAAAGAGGCUUCUGCGCCAUCUAAGAAUAUCCCAACAAAAGGCACUUCGAAUAAGCAGGAAAAUUUGAAUGUGAAUUGUUUGCCAAACAGAAAAGAUAAAAUUCAUUCCUCUGAAACUAUUUCAUGGGCCUCUUUGCCUACCAAUCUUUUAAAGACUGGAAAAGGGAUUCUUAAAAGAAAACAUGUAGCUUCUAUGGUCGCAAUAGAGGCUCAAAAAGAGGCAACUGUUGCAGCAUCUCUUGUCAAGUGUCUCAGUGUGUUUGCUGAUCUAUGCUCGUCGGCAUCACCAGAAAAUCCCCAACUCCCACUCAUCAAGUUCUUCACGCUGCAGCAGCUUAUCUCCCAAACAAAUCCCACAGAUUCAGUCAAGGACAAGUCGCUACUUUUGACUGCAAACUCAUCUCUCCCAGAAGCAGAUAAACCUACAAAGGCUACAUCUAUAUUUCAGACAAAGAGUGCUUCGUCGAAGUCAGCAAAGGCGGCUACUGAAUUAAGAGAGAGCGAAAAACAAGAAUGGGCCAGAGGGGAUGGUGCAAAGGAGAUAAAAUCACUAAGAGAGGUUUUGCUAAAGGAAACAACAUCAUGGUUUUUAAAUUUUUUGGAGGAAGCCUUGGAUGCUGGGUUUCGUAUAGGAAACCAGGAAAAGAAAGGCAGGAACAACGUAGGGCGACAAACUGAGGCAGACAACCAUAUUGCUGUAGCAUUAUCACAGCUCAAGCAAGCCAAUGAAUGGUUGGACAAGUUAAACGGAAAUUUGAGUUCCGCAGAUAAUAACUCAAGGGAGACUAUUGACAGGCUAAAACAGAAGGUUUAUUCCUGUUUACUUGUACAUGUGGAGUCUGCCGCAUCAGCUCUAGAGAGCAGAUCCGACCGUUGUUGAUCUAGAACAACAAAUCAAAACUCUGUAAAUUUUACGACACAAUAACUUAAACCAUUUAAAGUGACUUUAAUUCCCUAACGUCAAGAGUUUGCCCAUUAUUAUCGAUAAUUGGCCUGACAUAUUGAUCGAUAACACGUUCAAAACAGCUUUCUGUAAGCUGCACUCCCUUUCCUCCACAGUUCUCUACAUCCUAACUCGGCAUACUUAGUUAUAUCAAAAGUGUUCAAAGUUCAAACUCCUCGUACUUACUAAUGAGUUAUAGGUUAAGUUAAUGCAAUGCAGUGCUAUGUCAAGGUGAAAUAGGCACUGAACUGAAAACCAGCUCAUGUAUUCAAGUCAAAACAAAGAAAAACAGAA